GCCACCACACCAUAUCUGCGGCGCAUCGCAUCGCCUUCCCCCUAGACACAGACACGCCAAGAGAAGACACGAACCCCUUCGUCGUCCCGGCCGGCAUGGGCUUUCCGGUGGGCUACACGGAGCUGGUGCUCCCGAAGCAGCUGCUCCACCUCCUCCUCCUCCUCGGUUACGUCCGCCGCUUCCUCCUCUGGGCGUUCCACGCCGUCGGCCUAGGCGACCUGCUGGAUCUCGGGGACGACCACCAGCCGCUGCUGCAGGACCACCACGCGCGAGACCCACCGCAGGAGGCGCCGCAGCUGCUGCAGCACCGCCGCCCGGAAUUCCGCCCGGUGCCGGCGAUGGUCAUCGAGGAGGUGCUCCCCGUGGUGCGGUUCGACGAGCUGGUGGCCGCGUCUCCCGCGGCGUGCGUCGUCGGCGGGGACUGCGCGGUGUGCCUUGGCGGCAUCGGCGGCGGCGACGAGGUGCGGCGGCUCAGCAACUGCCGCCACGUCUUCCACCGGGGCUGCCUGGACCGCUGGAUGGAGCACGACCAGCGCACCUGCCCGCUCUGCCGCGCGCCGCUCAUCCCCGACGAGAUGGCCGGCGCGCUCUGGGCCACCGCCGCCGGCGUGCCCGACUCCUCCGACUUCGACUUCUACUUCGGCGCGCCCCUCACGCCGGUGCCCUCGCCGACGCUCCUCCGGCCGCACGAGCUGCUGUUCAGCGGCCUGGGCGGCUACCAGUGAACUGAACACCCGCCGAUUCGUGCAUUUGGCCGUGACCAGCGACUCUUCAGCUGGCACCAGCCCCGCGGAAUGCGCGGUUUCAAACGACUGAAUUGGUCGUCGCUCGCUUCCGGGGAAGGAAGGAGACACCGGCGGGCAAAGAACAGGAGGCCUUGCCUUGAAUUGUACAUAGGUAAAAUGAGUAAAGCGAGCCCCCCCCCCCCUCCCUCCAAAAAAAGGGUAGGACCGUAGGGGAUUAGAUUCUUCUUGUGCAUAGGUAGAUCUUUCUGCGGAGUUGGUAAGUCUUCCAAGUCUGGAGUUGUGAAUCUUUCUGCGGAUUUAAUUUAUUGAGCUAGGCGUUUGGAUGCAGAAUUUGGGCCUUUUUCUCUCCCAUGUUGCUUCAGCUCAUCCAACUGCUUUAGCUUCUUCUUCCUUCCACAACCAUUUAAGCUACCUGCGUGGUGGUGGAAGGACCUCCCUUCCCUUUCGUUUCCUUUCACUUUGGGAAGGACGCUGAUUGGGUCAAGCAUGCGAGCUUUUUCACUUGAACCAGAAAAAAAAAAAGUGCUUGGACAGGAAAGCACCAAAAGCCAUUGCCGUAACAGCUGCAUACACA